UUUGUCUGCUUCCCAUGAAUAAAAUCCUCCCAUAAUUUUAAUUUUGUGUGAAUCUUACAUGGUAUAGUGUAUUUUUUUUUGAACGAAGAUACUACUGCUAUUCCGUUAGAGAGAGAGAGAGAGAGAGAGAGAGAGAGAGAGAGAGAGAGAGAGAGAGAGAGAGAGAGAGAGAAUGGCGACUACCAUGUUUCCGCAACUGAUUAUGUACCCACCACCACCAGCUACUUCCUACACCACGGCCAUGGCGUUGGUCACCGUCGUAUCAAUGGCGAGUGCUGGGAUUUCAGGAAUAAGGGGGAAACAGUUGCAGUACUCUAAAUUCUGGAACGUUGAUGCUAAGAAAUCUACUCCCAAGUUGCCUGGAAAAACGGGCAUGCUACUGGCGUAUACGCCGGCGUUUCUCUUCGGCCUCGCCUCGUUCGGAAUGUUUCCGAACGAGGGGCUCCGAUUUGUGUUGCUAAAAUUAGCUCUUACUAUCCACUUCUUCAAACGGCUAUGCGAGGUGCUAUUCGUCCACAAAUACAGCGGCCCAAUGUUUCUCGACAUCGCAAUUACCAUCUCUCUCACCUAUUUCAUCCAAACAGCAAACAUGAUAUACGCCCAACACCUCACCCGAGGGCUCCAGGAGCCCCCGGUCGACCUGAAAUUUGUUGGGAUUCUGAUAUUUCUUGUGGGACUAAGUGGUAAUUUCUACCACCAUUACCUCCUCUCCAAACUCAGGGGUGAGGGUGAAAAAGGGUACAAGAUUCCAAGGGGGGGUUUAUUUAGUCUAGUGAUAUGCCCACACUAUCUUUUUGAGAUCUUAGGGUUCGUAGGGGUCUCCUGCAUUGCUCAGACAUUGUAUGCAUUCUCCUUCACUCUUGGCUCAGCUAUGCUCUUGAUGGGAAGGAGUUAUGGCACUAGGAAAUGGUACCUUUCAAAAUUUGAAGACUUUCCGAAGGAUGUCAAGGCUUUCAUUCCAUUUGUAUUCUAAUGGUUGGAAUUUAGAUGGGAGUGGCGUAAUUGUAGAACUGAACUUGGUUAAUAAGAUCUAGAGGCCCACUCCGGAUUUCACA